AUGGCAGCUAUUAACGACGAUACAUAUGCACGAGUAUAUGAAAAAUUAAAAGAACACAAUUUUACGAAUCAAGAAAUAAAAACUAUAGAAACAGCUCGUGAACAACUUCAAACUCAUACAUAUAGUGGUGCCUUACUUGGCGCUUCUACAGCAUUUCUGCUAGCCAAGAAAAGAAGAUGUAACCCAAUUCAAAUGCUUGUUGUUACUGGUGGUGGUUUCUUUAUGGGCUAUCAAAUAGGCACAAUAUCCGGUGUUUUAUCUGGAGUUAAGACUAUUAAUAGUUUACCAAAUCCUCAACGUGUACAUCAAAUUAUUCGAGAAGUAAGGGCAGAGGCAAUAAGAGGAAGUCAAAUUAAUCAUGGAAACCCAAAUGCUAUUCAACCCCAACGAGCAUCACAUCAGGCGUUACAUAAUAUAAGAGAUACCGAAGAUCAAUUCUCACCUGAUUUAGCUGAAAACACAAAUGGGGAUGCAGCUUGGGGAGAUAAUAAAACAUCAUUCAAUAAUGGAGAAAUAGAUAUUUCUGAUGAAGUAGAUCCUCUUUCUCGGUCUCAAUUUAAAAAUAGACAACAACAACAGCAACAACAACAACAGCAACAGCAACAGCAACAACAACAGCAGCAGUUAAGUACUUGGGAUAAAAUUCGACAGGUGAACUUACCAAACAAUACAUGGGCAAGGAUUCGAAUGGAAGCUAAAAAUAAUCAUAUUAGUAAUGAAGAUAUUGAAAAAGCAAGAGCUGAUAGAGCAAGAAAACUUCGUGAAGAUUCCGAUUUUGAAAGAAAUCAAGAAGAAAUACCACGAACAAGAGAGGAAGAAGCUUUACAAAGACGUAGUAUUUUAAGGACAAAUCAAUGGGGGGAUCCAUUAGAAUAA